AUGGUUCUGCAGUUCAGUUUGGUUCAGAACUGGUUCACAAUAUCCCCCAACAUUCAGAACCAGAACCAAACCGUGGUUCGGUUCUGCUGCAGUUUGGUUCCCAGUUCGAACCGUGCUGAGCACACCACAGCCAUACUACGGGUUGCGCACGAGGAUGCGACUAAGGAUGACACUGUGCAUCUUAGCAAAGUCUCACAGAUCGCUGACCCAGUGGAGUAUUUCACUUGGGAUUCCGGAUAUGAAUCUGACGACACUGCAGUUGACAGUGAAGCGCCUGAUGUUAAACUUUGUGCUGAUCCCGCAGAAGCGCUUGAGUGCGCAGGUACUCUAUGCUCACCUGAUUUCUUUGAUGAUGGAUACAAACGUCCACCUGAGAAAGACCCAGACAAGGUCUUAAGCACGAACCAGAAUGCAGGCAAUGAGCUGGCCCGAGCAUGCGAGUCUGAGUUGACUCAAGUGGCCAAUUGCAUGUUAGUCACCGAGUUCCAGGUUGACAUUUGCAGACUAGAGACGUCAGAGCACUCUCUCAUCAUCCUAGAACACACUGUAGUCGUCAGAGAGCCCACACCAGACAUGACAAGCAAGUUUGGUGGCAAGCUGGACAAAGCACGAGUCAGAACAGUAGCACCAGAGUGCGCUGAGCUUAAAUCAAAAGAGCUAAGGCCUCCCAGCCUCAGUGACGAGCUUGAUUGGUCUCAUACGACGUCGAUCUCAGUACCAGAAGAGAUUCCAGACGGUUUUGGCCGAGUUCCAGCAAAGAGAGUUGAGGAGAUGACACGAGAGUGCAUCGCUAAAAGAGCUAAGGCCUCCGGCCCCAGCACUCCUCUUGAUGAUGAAUCCAUGCAAAGCUUUGAGCUAGAUGUUUCCAAGAGUUGUUGCAUGCCAGCAACCAAGUUUAGUGCCCCAGAGUUUGAAGUUGCAGAGUCCGAUGUCCCAGACUCGACUUCCGCAAACUGGGCCAUGCAUCCCCCCACAUCACUUCAUAUGCAUAAAGCACAGCUGUUAGCCAAAGAGAGACCCCAAGUAGUGCCUAGUCACAUAUAUGACAUGAGUGUUGUUGAUCAGUCCCAGAGAAAAGCAUCGCUUGUGAUUGCUUCCUUGCAACGCGCAGACUCUGACACUGAAGCACAAAGCAUUGAGUCCGCUAGCACUCUUGAUGCAGUUGAGAUUUCCAAUGCAGUACAAAAGCAGAAGCCUCCUGAAUAG